ACUCGUUUGACAGCGCGCGCUGUGCCAUAAACCGGAUUGGUGUCACUGAGCGGGUGUGCUGGCGUGAGUUUUCUCAAGCAUUUUCCGCGGAUUUGAGUUAUUAAAGGCAACAGAGAUCCAAGAAAUGGCUUCCUGGAAGAAGAGGGCCGCUGCAAGUAACAGCGAUCAGCCACCGGUUAAGAAAAGCCGCCCUGGGUUAGGAAAAGUUGAUCUUCUCGUUCCGGAGCGACCCAAGCUCAGUGGGAGCAUUUUAGUGUGUGGACAAAACGACGUGGGCCAGCUUGGCUUGGGUGAAGAUGUGUCGGAAAAGACGCGUCCGGGCGUCGUGAGCGAUUUGAAGAACGUGGUGGAUGUGCGUGCCGGCGGUAUGCACACUCUCUGUCUCACAGCCAGCGGCGAGGUGUGGUCAUUUGGGUGCAAUGACGAGGGCGCUCUGGGACGGGACACAUCCGAGGAGGGCUCAGAGUACACACCUGGAAAAGUGAAUUUGCCGAGUCCUUGUGUGAAGAUCUCGGCCGGAGACUCCCACUCUGCGUGUCUGCUCGAGGAUGGACAAAUCUACGCAUGGGGCUCCUUCCGCGACUCUCAUGGAAACAUGGGACUCACUCUCGAUGGUAACAUGCGCAUUCCUGUGGCCCUGCUGAAGGGUUUAAAGGGGGCCGACAUCGCAUCCGGAGCUGACCAUUUGGUCAUCCUCUCGACGAGUGGCCAGAUAUACACGGUGGGGUGUGGAGAACAGGGCCAGCUGGGCAGAGUCUCCUCUCGCUCGGCAUCCGGGGAGUCGCGUCGCGGGAAAGUGGAGCUCCUGAAGCCAGAAAUCGUGUCAACCCGCAAAACUAAGUUCAUCGAUGCCAUAUGGACCACAAAUUUCAGCACUUUCUAUCGAGACCACGGCACAAAGCAGAUUUAUGCAUUCGGGCUGAACAACUACAAUCAACUGGCACUGCCGAAGAGGACCAGGAAGAUGACGCUCGUUUUCACACCAAAUCUCACAGAGAUGCGCAAUGUGAAGACCAUCAGUGGUGGUCAGCAUCAUACUCUGGUUGUCUCCGAGGACAGCCAGUGCUAUGCCAUUGGACGCAAAGACUACGGACGACUGGGAAUAGGUGAAGUGCCGGAGGACGUGACCGAGCUGAUGCUUGUAAAAGAUCUCCCAGCAGUAACUGAUGUUGGUUGUGGUGACAGUCAGAGUUUCGCGCUGACCUCAGAAGAGAAAGUAUUUGCGUGGGGAAUGGGAAACAACCAUCAGCUGGGUUUGGGUUCUGACCAGGAUGUGGACAAGCCCACAGAGCUGACGGGAGCGCAAGUGAAAGACAAGCGCGUGUUGCGGGUGGACAGUGGAGGGCAGCACAGUGUCUUCCUCGUGACCGAACCGGGCGCACAGAAGAAAGGCAGCGAUAUUCCUGUGGAGAAGCGUAAUGGGGCAGGUGAUGGUGUGGAGCCAGGCAAGAAGGCUCCAAAGGCUGCCAAGAAGGCGAGCAAGAAAUAGCAAAAUGUCUCAGAGAAGGUGAGCUUUGUCUAAUUUCACAACUUUUCACUUCGUUUUUUUCUUAUUGAAUUUUUUUGUUUAACAAACACGUUUUGAAAUUAGAAUCAUUGUUUGAACUAUUUCCUUUGUGAGAAAUAAAGGCAGAUUGAAGGAUAUUUGGCGCGAAAGCAAAAUGAUGUUGCACCACGCAGCCGAUCUCUGUGCGCAGAGGGGCAUCGUCCCCUCCUUGGUCUUCGCUAUAGCCAUCAGCUGUUGGAAACCCCCAGAUUGAGGCAAAAUAUCUGAACUGCUUUCUCGGCAGUUUCUGCGCUUGAAAGCUUCAGGGUUUGUGAGAAAUGUUAGAGAUUACGCUUCCAGUGAAUUUUUCGAAAAUGAAAUUUUAUUGAUUCUACUGUUAUCAAUAAUUUAAAGGUCAAAAUUAGUAAUGUUUUAUACGACGAAUUUCUGUUUCAAUUUUCUAAUCCAAUCAGACGAAUUAACAUUAUUGAUU